CUCUCUGUCUCAGUUCACGCGCCCUCCCAUUUCAUUUCGUCUUCGUGAUAGAAGCAAGAGAGCCAGGAAAAGAGUGUAAAAGAGAUAAAAAAGAAAGUUAAAACAAAAAGAAAAAAGAAAAUUCUCAAUCCAAAGUCCAAACUAGGGUUAGGGUUAUCCCUAAUCAGGAUAACGAUUUCCACGCUCGAUUCUUCCAACUGAUAAAUUAAACAUGGGCGCCAAUUCGUCACCAACAGACUUGACCACCGAUCUCGAUGAGCAGAUCUCGCAGCUCAUGCAGUGUAAGCCACUUUCGGAGCAGCAGAGUUAUGAACAAAAACUGCAGCUUCUUUUUCUUCUUCUUUAAAGCAGGGAAAGAAAAUGAUUUAUUUUUAUUUGAUAUAGGUCAGAGCAUUAUGUGAUAAGGCAAAGGAAAUACUGAUGAAAGAAAGCAAUGUCCAGCCUGUGAGAAGCCCGGUGACAAUUUGUGGUGAUAUCCAUGGGCAGUUUCAUGAUCUUGCAGAACUUUUUCGAAUUGGAGGGAAGUGCCCUGAUACAAACUACUUGUUUAUGGGAGAUUAUGUGGAUCGUGGAUACUAUUCUGUUGAAACCGUUACGCUGUUGGUGGCUUUAAAAGUUCGUUAUCCACAGCGGAUUACCAUUCUCAGAGGAAAUCAUGAAAGCCGCCAGAUCACUCAAGUUUAUGGGUUUUACGAUGAAUGUCUUCGGAAGUAUGGCAAUGCUAAUGUUUGGAAGAUCUUUACAGACCUUUUUGACUAUUUUCCAUUAACUGCUUUGGUGGAAUCAGAAAUAUUUUGUCUGCAUGGUGGAUUGUCCCCUUCAAUUGAAACCCUGGAUAAUAUAAGAAACUUUGAUCGUGUUCAAGAGGUUCCUCAUGAAGGACCCAUGUGUGAUUUAUUGUGGUCUGACCCAGAUGAUCGAUGCGGUUGGGGUAUUUCACCACGUGGUGCUGGAUAUACUUUUGGUCAGGAUAUAUCUGAACAAUUCAAUCACACCAACAGUUUAAAAUUGAUUGCUAGAGCUCAUCAGCUGGUUAUGGAUGGAUUUAACUGGGCACAUGAACAAAAGGUGGUUACUAUAUUCAGUGCUCCUAAUUAUUGUUAUCGCUGUGGAAACAUGGCUUCUAUAUUGGAAGUUGACGAUUGCAAGAGUCACACAUUCAUCCAGUUUGAGCCAGCUCCAAGGAGAGGUGAACCUGAUGUUACCCGUAGAACACCGGAUUACUUCCUGUGAAGCAGCUAUAUGCCACAACUUAUUCAAGAUACUCAACUUUUGUUCUUCUCCGCUCUCCCCUUACAUAGUCAGGUAGUUGUGGAUCCUUUGCAGUGUCUGUUGCAUCUACUGCCUGCCAUUCUUACAUAUCUUUUUUUUUUGAUGAUGGUGAGCACCAAAAGCAUGUAUGCUAGCUAUGAAGAUGACCUUUAAUCUGUCUUACCCUUGGAUUUUCUGUCAAAGUGAUUGCAUAGCCAGGGCAAUAUCGGACUGUAUCCAUUAUGCAGUUUUUUUUUAAAA